AAGGCGAAGAAAACAAUAACAUGGAACAAUGUUUCUGUUAAUUUUUCUGUUUUUACCAAUAGUUUAUGGAAAUAUUCCAUACAAAUUUGAGAUUUCAGGGCCUGGAUUGUCUCCAAAUAUCGUUUUGCCGGCAAGAUAUUUUUUCAUCAAGCCUUUGGAUAAACAUGGAAAUUUAAUCAAUGAAAAGUUGCCCGGAAAGUUAGAAGUUAAGAUCAAAGGAAGCGGAGGAACACACGGAAAUUGUCGACAUGGAGUAAAUACCAUUCCUCGAGAUGAUGGCGUAAUAAUUGCUCGUUACAAGCUAAUUGAUGAAUGUGUGAACAUGAAAAUUGAAGUUUUGUAUGAUGGGCAAUACAUUGGAAAUUCUCCAUAUAACUUCAAAAACAGAAUUACUGUACCCGAAAAGUGCUUUUGUCCCAUGGAAUCGACAAUUAAAUGGAUGAACAAUGCAAAAUGUCCUCACAAGGAGAUGCAGAUCAAAAACGACUUGAUGCCUUUCCAAAGUGUCAAUUUUACGCAUUUAAAACCAAAGUUACUCGAAAAAUUCAGCAAUCCAGAGUCGAAUUCGUUGUGCAAUUAUGUCGUAAAACUGAACAAAAUCUAUAGAAAAUGUUACGGGAAGUAUACGGGCUUCAGUAUGUUCAUGGAUGCAACUUUGCUGAGCUUGAGUCGUUUAAUGACAUUGCCGGAUGUUGAAUUUUUCGUCAAUUUGGGAGAUUGGCCUCUCGUAAAGAAAGGAGGACAUUCAAGAACAAUAAUUUUUCCGAUAUUCUCAUGGUGCGGAAGCGAUGAUACAUUUGAUAUUGUCAUGCCAACAUACGACAUCACAGAAGCGUCUCUCGAAAACAUGGGCAGAGUCAGUUUGGAUAUGUUAUCCGUUCAAAAACGAAAAUACGAAUGGAAUGAAAAACAAAACAAAGCAUUUUGGAGAGGAAGAGAUGCUCGAAGAGAGAGAUUAGACUUAAUUGAUAUCGGAAAAAAGUAUCCCGAACUUUUCAAUGUUUCUCUAACAAACUUUUUCUUCUUUCGCGAUGAUGAUAGUAUGCAAAAAUAUGGACCAACACAACCUCAUAUCUCGUUUUUUGACUUUUUCGAAUACAAAUAUCAGAUAAAUAUCGAUGGGACUGUUGCUGCAUAUCGAUUUCCGUAUUUGUUGGCAGGCGAUGCAGUUGUGUUCAAACAAGAUUCGCCGUAUUACGAACAUUUUUACAAAAAAUUAACGCCAAUGGAACAUUACAUUCCCAUAAAACGAGAUUUGAGCGAUUUGGUAGAGAAACUUGAGUUUGCUCGUGAAAACGAUGAUGUCGUCAAAGAAAUUGGGCGUCAAGGAAGAGCAUUCGCUGAAAAAAAUUUGUUACCAUUAAACAUUUUCUGUUAUUAUACUUUGUUACUACAAGAAUUUUCAAAGAGAAUCGUAAGCCCAAUUUCAGUUGCUUCGGAUAUGGAACUCGUCGCUCAACCUGAAAGUAGUCAAUGCAAAUGCCCAAAGAAAUCUCAACACGAUGAAUUGUAAAACUUAAUUUAUUUUAUAUUUUAAUUAAAGAGACUUAAAGUUCAAAUCGAG